AUGUCCACCGUUCGAGAUGGUCGAAGGUGGUAUCACGUCAAAUGGUUUGCGGAUCAAGAUACCAAGGAGGAGCGACGACUGAUUUUGAAGCUUGAUGCCUUGAUUGUUCCCUAUGCCUUUCUAGCUUAUUGGGUCAAGUAUGUUGACCAGGCAAAUAUCAACAAUGCAUACGUCUCCGGGCUUCAAGAGGAUUUAAAGCUGCAUGGAAACGAGCUCGUUGAGUUGCAAACAAUGUACACAGUCGGUGCAGUUGUGGGCCAGUUACCCUUCGCAUAUCUCUUUACCAAAUUCCCUAUGUCAUGGGUAAUCCCAUUCCUGGAUAUAAUGUGGGGUGUCUUCACAUUGUUACAGUACCGAGUGAACUCUUUUGGAGAAUUGAUGGUUUACCGGUUCUUUGUCGGGUGGUUCGAGGCGGCAUUCUUUCCGGGUAUGCACUACAUAUUCGGGGCCUGGUACCGCGGCGAUGAGAUUGCACGCCGGGGAGGAUGCUUUUAUGUUGGGCUUACUCUAGGCACCCUCACGGCAAGCCUUAUUCAAGCAGGGACAUCUGCUAGUCUCGAUGGAGUUCAUGGAUUAGCAGGUUGGCGAUGGAUGUAUAUUGUGUGUGCCAUAAUCACCAUCCCAAUCGGGAUACUAGGGUACUUUAUCCUUCCCGGGACCCCCGACAAACCGAACAAGCUAGUCAUUAGCGACAAAGACAUUGAGCUAUCCAAAACCCGCCUUUCGCGUGCAGGCCAUACAUUCCAGGGGACAUGGUCAUUGCGGACCCUGGCCAAUGUCCUUCGAAACUGGAAAUUCUGGGCCUUGCUCCUACUAGACGUUUUCUUCUGGAACGGCAGCAUAAACACUUCAACGGGUGGAUAUCUUUUAUGGCUAAAAAGCUUGAACAGAUAUACAACAAGCCGUCUGAACGAACUCGGUGCCAUCUCCCCAGCUCUCGGGAUGUUCUAUACGCUCUUCAUCUGCUUUGCGUCUGAUCUCGUCCUCGGGCCAGCGUGGGCAAUUACUAUCGCUCACGUCUGGAAUAUCAUCGGCCUGAUCAUUCUUGUCAUCUGGGAUGUGUCGGAGUCAGCACUCUGGUUUGCGUUCAUAACAACAUAUUCUGCCGUGUCAAUGUCCAGUGUUCUGUAUGGUUGGGUAAACGAACAACUGCGGUAUUCGCCGGUGGAACGCUCUAUAACACUGGUCAUUCUCAACACCAUUGCCCAGUCGACCACGGCCUGGACACCUCUGUUGGUAUUCAAAACUGUUGAAGGGCCACGCUUUACCAAGGGUUAUUCCUUUGUCCUUGCUAACGCGAUAUGCUUGAUUGCUUUGGCUCACAUUAUCAAAUACUUUAUCGCCCGCCAAGACAAACGAGAAACCACAAGAAGACCCGCAGAGAGCGAUUCAGACGAAACGCAUGAUCCAGAAUCAAACGCGGUCGUCACAGCCGUCGAGCCGAGUAAGGCCGAUUCGAGUUAA